AUGCUUUAGGAAUAGAAUGAAAUCUGCCCUUCUGAGUAAUUUAUUAAUAUUAGAUAGAUAUUUUAAAGGUUUAUAAAAUGCUUUUGCAGAGCUAAUCGAAGUGGCAAAAUAGAAUUCUAGUAAUUAUACUACGGAUCUAAAACCAUAUAAAUCACCAACAUUGCAUUCAAUCUUAUAAAAAGUUGAACAAUUAGUAUCAAAUAACAAUAAAGGAAUAGAACGAAAAUGAAAUUCCAGAUUAAAAACCAUCAGAUAAUUUAGAGCUUAAAAAAAAUCAACUCUUGGAAUAUCAUAAUAAUGCAGAUUUAAUAACUACUAAUUUCUACACUUAAUCUGUAAUAGCUGCCAUGUAAGUUAGAAAAGUAAAGAAUGAAGCUAUAAAUUGUGCAUAUAUCCAUGCAUUAUAAGGAUUUCCAUGUUUGAAAUAAGAAUAAGAGAAAUUAAAGAAUUGUUAAUUACAAUCAUAUUAAUUAGCGUAAAUAAUUUAAUACUAAUAAUAGAUAAGAAUAAGAGUUUCGAUUUCUCAAAUCCAUUUAGCCUAAUGUCUAUUAGCUUUAUAAAAUUAAAUAGAUAUCUAAUCAUAUAUAAGAUAAAUUUAUAGUUCAUUUUACUAUCUAUCAUCCCUUUACUAAUAAAAAAAUGUAAAUUAUCAUAGCUACAAAUGAUGCCACUCUUGAAUAAGUGAUGUAACAAAUAGAUUGUCCUGUUGAAUCUACAGAAAAAAUGUUUUUUUAAGAUGAAUUAUCUAGUUUUGAUCCUCCUUAGAUAAGUGUUGGAUAAAAAUAGGCAAUUAUUGGUCAUCUUAAAUUUGUUUUAUGUAAACAAUAUACAUAUACACAUUUAAAUUAAUGUAAGCAUAGAAUUUAUAUAAAUGAAAUACGAUCAUUGACUUAAAAUGAAGAAAUCAAUACUCCUUAUGCUAGAACCAUCUAUAAAGCACCACUUAAAAUACGAGGAUGUGAUGGUUGUGGAAGAUCUGCCUAAUUAUUUCGUAUUUCAGAUUAACUAAUACCAAAUUCAUCUCCAGUCUUUUUAUGCAAAUUUUGUAAUGAUAAUUUACAUUCUAAUGAUAAGGAGAAAAUAUUAUAAUAUUUUUGUGAUUGA